AUGAAGAACUGGACUCUUGAAGUGAUUGAAAAGAACACAAAGACUCAGAUUGAAAAGAACACAAAGACUCAGAUUGGAACACCCAUAAUAUUUCUCAGAAAAAAAGGAAAACUACUCGAAGCAAUCAUUGAGUCAACUGAGCCAGAUGUAAUAAUAGGCACGGAAACCUGGCUUGAUCCAAACAUCAAAUCAAGCGAGAUUAUACUAGACUACUUCCAUUAUGACACGGAACGCCGAGAUCGCCCAAAGGACCCCCAUGGAGGGGUAUUGAUAGCAGCUAAACAAACAUUACAGCUGGGUAACAUCAUAAAAAGCACUGAAAUAGAACUACUGACUGGCACUAUUAACUUAGAAGGAAAAAAGAAAAUGCUCAUAGGCGCUUUUUAUCGACCACCUGAUAAAACAGAUGACACCUACUUGAAUAAAAUGAAAGACGAAAUAAAUAACAUCAGAGCAAAACAUCAAAAAGACAUAUUCCUUAUUGGUGGCGAUUUCAACUUACCCGAUAUCAACUGGGCAGAACAAACUAUAGACCAUAGACAGUAUCCUACCAGAACCAACCAGGCAUUAUUGGAACUUGUAGCUGACAACGGGCUAGAACAAAUUGUGGACUUUCCAACACGAAAAGAGAAUACCCUAGAUUUAUUGCUUACAUCUCAUCCUUCAUUUAAAUUAAGAUGCAAACCAUUACCAUCAAUAGGAAACAGCGACCAUGACAUCGUCCUCCUAGAUAUGGCUUGUAAACCACUUAAACCUAAACCAGUCAGAAGAAAUAUAUUUCUAUGGAAAAAAGCGGAAAUACAUAAUAUAAAGGAAGAUCUACAAAACUUUAUAACUACCUUCAAAAACAUCAAAGAUAGAAGCGUUGAGUCUUUAUGGCAGGCAUUUAAAACAGCUGUACAAACCACCAUAGAGAAAAGAGUACCAACGAAAAUGACCCUUGGAAGAAACACUCAUCCAUGGAUCAAUACAACCAUUAGACGCAAAAUAAACCAAAAGCAGAAAGCACACAAGAAGGCGAGAAAAACUAAAAAGAAAAGAGACAAGGAUAGGUAUAAAAGACUACAACAAGAAGUGCAGUGGGAGGUCCGUCAAGCCAACAAGAAGUAUAUGGAAGAGGUCAGUUCAGACUAUAGAGAUAAUGCAAAGAAAAUCUGGUCUUAUAUCAAGAGCAAAGGUCAGGAAUGGACAGGAGUGGCACCGCUAAAAAACAAAAUGGGAUUUCUGCAAAGUGACAACAAGAGUAAAGCUGAUAUUUUAAACGACCAAUUCCAGUCAGUAUUUACCAAAGAAAACCUAAAUAACUUUCCAGAUAAAGGUAAAAGUCCAUACUCCACCAUGAAGGACAUAAAAAUUAGGACCAACGGAGUCCACAAAUUAUUAAAAAACCUGAAACCGCAUAAAGCUACUGGUCCCGAUUCAAUACCAGCCUUUAUACUGAAAGCAGCAGCAGAACAACUUGCUCCUAUACUCACAGACCUAUAUCAAACAUCAUUGAACACUGGUGAAAAAGCAGAGCGUGCCGUCUCUUCACAAGUACCAGUACUCUCUGGUGUACCCCAAGGCACAGUCCUUGGUCCAUUACUGUUCCUGGCCUACAUUAAUGACAUGCCAGAAACAGCAUCUACAUCAGAGACCAAAUUGUUCGCGGAUGACAGCCUUCUCUUUCGUACCAUCACCAACCAAGCUGACAGUGAACUUCUUCAAAAGGACUUAACAGCAUUGGAAGACUGGGAAAACAAAUGGCAGAUGAGUUUUAAUGCCAAAAAAUGCCUUGUCAUUAGAAUAUCCCCCAAAAAUAGAUCAGUGAUACAAACAUCGUACAAUCUUCACGGUCAUACUCUAGACACAGAGGAAGCAAGUUAA